AUGGUCGUGCAGUCGUUCCAGCAGCAGCUCGACCUCUUCAAGUCGACGCUGCCGGCCGCCGUGCAGACCAACGCGACGCUGCUCUCGCACGUCGCCAUCGCCGAGGUUCUCCUCUACGAGAUCGGCCUGCCCGAGAGCCAGAAGACGGGCGCCCUCAUCCCGCACACCGACCGCCUCGGCCUGCUCUGGAACUGCCUCACGGCGGCCAAGACGUUCAUGGACAUACGCUUUGCCGAGUCGAACCUGCGGCCGCGCUUCAUCUGCCUCAACGCCUCGGACUGGCUCUUCGCCGUGCUCGUCGCCCUCAAGCUGCGCACCAUGGAGCUGCCGGGAUGGGACCUAGGCGUCGUCGACGCGCACCUGCCGCUCGAGCAGAUGGUCGACAGGCAGAUCCAGGACAUGGACCAGCUCAUCGCCAAGCGCGCCGAGGGCAGCCGGCCCGGCGACGCGCUCGCCUGCUCUGGAAUGGAGGGCACGACGGCAUCCUCAGUCCAGGUGAGGAAGUCGACACUAUUGCAACAAGGAUCGCCCCAGGCAGGCUCUUCGCCGGCAGUCUCCCGAGGAACGCAUGCGAAGGAACUUUUUCGAAAACAGCUCAUCCGGUCGGUACAGUCGAGCAGCGACUUUGACGAGAUUUUGCAGGCGCAUGAUGCCGAAGGCCAGGCCCAGGCGAUUGCUGAGGCGGUGCACGAGCAGCUGAGCGGACGCGGCGCCCUCCCGAUCCUGAGCUCCUGGAAAACUCUUAACUUGUUUGCUCAGGGCCAGAGCUUUGCGGCGGGCGUGCUCAGCGGGCUGGUGACGGUGGAGUUUCUGGUCAACACGACGGACGACAGUGUGUUCCAGCAGCGGGCGCAGGAGUUGUCCGGCAUGGACCGGUCGGAGCUGAAGGAGCAGUUGCUCCAGGCACUGCGUCGACCGCACCGCGUAAAUAGCACGGGUGAAGGACAUGGCAAAGGGGCAGACAGCGCAAGGGCUGCGACAACGGCAGCGGGCCCAUCGACGACGACGUCGAACAGCAACAACAGCAAGAACAACAACAACAACAACAAAAACGACAGCCCCGUCCGAGGCGCGGGCGAAUCACGGAGGAAGAGGCCGGUCAAACUGCCCAGCUGGGGGAAUAGGGCAGUCAAGGAUGGGCAGUGA